AUGAGCACCAAAGAAGAAAAAAUCAAACUAUUUCUUUAAUUCUUAAGAUCCAAAAAUUACCACAAAACAUUUGAAAAGUUACAACAACAAUCAUAAAUUUAAUUAGAUCCCUCAAAUUUGCUUAAGAUUACCCAAUCCAUCAAGACAUGUAAUUACACGGAAUUAGAGUCAAUCUUGGAACAAUAUGUUGAUAAUUAAACCAAGAAUUAAUGCAUGCUACUUUUGUUGGAACAACUCUAUAUCCAGCUCAUCAAAACUCAAAGAUAUUAGGAAGCAGUCUAAAUAUUAAGGAAUUAGAUAUCCAGAUUUUGUCAAGGUAUGGGUUAUAUGAAUUAAAGUUAGAUGAACAACAGAAAUACUUAUACGGCUCUAUGGUUUUUAAUCAGGAUCUCAAAUUAAAAGGACAAUAAUGUCCUUAUUGAUGAAAUUAUUUCGCUUUGUUUUCAAUAACUUGGUUUAUUUGAACCUAAUAGAUUAAUAACUUUGAUCCAGCAAGCAAAAUCAAAUGAAGUUCUAGAAUGCAAAUGGCAUGAUCAUCUGCACUAGGACUAUCGUAUCCAAAAAAAGCAUAGCUGCACCUAGGAAUUUAAUCACGUAAUCAAAGUCAAAAAUGUUUCUCUUUGUUCUUUCUCAGAUAAUGGAGAAUACAAGGCCUUGGCAAUUGGCCAAUCAAUUGUAGUGUAUUAGAUUAAUUAAAUUGAAUCAAUAAAAGAAAUAGAUAAAUUACAAGAAGUGCACUCUAAAAAGAUCACCAACUUGCUAUUCUCUCCCUGUAGUAAAUACAUAGGCAGUUCAUCGGAGGAUUAUACUGUUUUCAUAUACAAUUUUAUCAACAAAAGGAAGUAUAGACUUCAAGGUCAUAAUGCUAUAGUGAAAUCUUUUAAUUUUGUUUUAUGCGAUCCCUCUCGAAAGAAACAGAAAAAUGAAUAUGAUAUAUACUCAAUUUCAACAGAUGGAUGGCUCUACGAAUGGAAUGAGAAUGAAAGGAGAGGGGGAUUAAAAAUCGAAGAAAAGCUCAUAGAUAUACAUAGUCAUCAAUCGAAAGAACUUAUGCUAAUUGUUAGUUAAAAUAAGAUCACAUUAUAUCAAUUGUACUCUAAGAAUUAAAUAAUCUAAACAAGUUCUAACAAUUUAAUUAACAUAAACUCUUAGGUGAAUAAACAGUUUGAGUAGAUGAUUGUGUAUGUUAAUGAUUAUUUACCUUAAUUAUACUUGUAUUGCGUUUAGACAUUGCAAAUAAUCAAAAUCUUAGGUGUAUAUUCAGAAAAAUCUAUCAAUUCAUUUAAAUACCAUUUUGGAUGGUUCAAUAAUUACUUGAUUGCUGCAGGAACUGACUCUGGAUAAUUAGUGUUGUGGCAUGUUGAAAAAUCAGAAAAGCCUAUAGAAAUACUCUAAGUUUCUGAAUAGAAUAAGGAAAUAGCCUGCUUGCGAUUUCAUCCUACAUCACAUGAAUUGUUGAUCUAUGUUCAGUAGAAGACUAAAAAGUAGAGUACACAAUUAGAAAGAUAAUAACUAUAAGAAAACUUAAUUGAUCUAUUUACGAAUACCUUAAGAUAGACCUUCGCUUUAGAGACAACAGGGUGGAGUUACAUAGAUUUUGAAUUUCUUAUAAAGAAUUGCUCGAUCUGA